UUUUACUUCCGGGAUCUAACCUUAUCUCCAAAAGCAGUUCGUUCAGUGAGCUCUGGACGAAAUGCUACAGUAGGAUAAUAAUAGGGUCAGAGCCUCGUUUCGAAGUUGACAUUGGCGGCAGAAUCAAAAUGUCUGACUCCAAAACAUGUAAAAUUGUGGAUAAUAAAUCAGCCAAAUCAAAGGUUUGGCAAUAUUUUGGCUUCUACGAAGUUGAAGGGAAAGUUGAUACUGCAAAAUUUACAUCAAAAAAGUGGUUGGCAGCGGGUUGGGAGAUUCCCUUCAAAACUUUGGAAAAAAUCGAAUUUAUUCAAUUAAUCGUCGUCAGUUUGGUCCCGAUAA